GAUUGGCCAGAGUCAGGAGGAAAAUCAGUUAAUAAGUUGAGCAUGAACGAAUUGGAGGCGGAGCUUAGGAAACAUAAGUUGGAAGAGAAAGGAAAUCGAUCAGAUAUGGCAUUGCAUUUAGCUUUAUACAUUCGGAAGACUGAAAAUGGGUAUUUUCGAAAGCUACGAGGUAAACCAAUUCCUGAGUUGAUGGAUUUUCGUUUAAAAAGUGAGCUUAGGUUACGUUUGUUAAGUGUAUCUGGAAGUAAGGAUGAGUUAGUUCUGCGCUUAGCUAAAGUGGUAAAUUACGGAGUUAAAAUAACUGAGGAUGAGAAAUCACCAGCUCCCUCCACCUGUGUGGAUAGAGAAGAAGAAGUGAAAGGUGUAGACUACCCAAUAGCCUUCCUGGAUUUGGAGUUUAAACAUUAUACGAUUCUAGAGGUUGGGAUUGUCCUUGUGGACCCCAAGACGUGGAAUUAUAAAGAGUUUAGUGUAAUUAUAAGGCAAUCAAAGGAGUUUAUGGAGUCCUAUGUUGGCCGGUCCAGUCUCCCUAGAACAACUCUAGAGGACACGAGUUCACCUUGGUUCAGGGAUGCAUACGAGACAAUUUUUUAUUGUCUUAACGGCAGGACUGUCAUAGGUCACAACAUCGAACGCUGCGAUAUGGUGCUUAUCAGAGACCGUUGCUUUGACUUAGGUUUAAGAGUGCCAGUACCUAAAGAAGUAAUUGAUACUUACAAGUGGAUUAAGGAUAAGACUAAGGAUAAGACUAUCAAAAACUUAUAUCCAAAGUUAAGACUAGCGGACCUUGCUCGCCAAUUUGAGUUAGGUGAACAAACUCAUAGAGCUAUUGAGGACUGUUCCUCAAUAUUGAAGUUUUCAAGAGAGUAUUAGCAUCGAAAAACCUGGUAAGUUAAUAAAAAACAUUUCAUUAU